AGAACGUCACAUCUUCGCAAGCUGAAGGCACCACCUUACAUUCCGUAUCACCAACCAUCAGAAAAAGGCUUUUCCAAGCCAGAACACAAAAGCCCGGGUUGCGAAAUGCCCAUAUACUCGUUAUCGAUAUAAUAUUGGGAAUAAUCACGACCUACCCUCGGAAACCGCGCAACGAGCGACACCCCCUCGUCCUUCCUCGACUACCCCUUUCCGAGCCAGAGCCUCCGCUAUCUCACCUCAUCAACAACCUGACCCUCGACAAGACAUAAACCACACUAGUCGCCGGUCAUGGCUCCGGCUCCGUCAACCCCGAGGCGUACAGCACGGGGCCGUCCCCGGGGUCGCCCCAAGGGGCCCGGCUCCGCGAGCGCGUCUCGAUCCAAACGAACCGUCGCUGAUGGCCCAGCUACCGAGCCCGCACCUAAGAGACGCCGGUAUAUCCCAGGUGGCCCCGGCGGCGGCGGGCGCUUCGUCGACGAGGACGGUACAGAAAUCCCCACCGAGUCACUUGCGCCGUCGACAACCGUGUCGCGUCCCCGAGCGUCUGCCGCGAAUCAGGCGCAACCGGCGCCGGUCGUAUAUCCGCGCAGAGAACGAAGCACGAGGAUUAGGACGGCUGUGAACCGUGACGAACGAGAUGAUAUGCAGUACAGCUCCGCGGCGGCUGUGGCCGCGGCCGUCGUGCAGAGCGAGGGCUACAAGCCACGCGAGGAACGCGGAUGGGAGGAGUUCCACCCCAAUCUUGACAUCGAAGCCACCUUCAUUGUACUCCAGGCAGACGAAGUGGACGGAGUCAUAAAAUCUAUCCCACCUACCCCCGCUGCCCAGGCCUCUACCACGAACGGCGCAGGCACCCCCACCAAGGAUACGAACCCAAGCCUAGCAAACGAGGCGAAUGGCACACCGAGCGGGCAGGAUAAACAAUCUGUCGGUUUUUCGCUGGCAGAUACGCCCAGCAGACGCCGACUUGGCAGGCCGGCGCGGGAGUCGUUUUCGCUGUACGCCACCCGGACCCUCGAUUUUGGCGCAGGUCCCAAGGUCCCCAAGGUCCUUCCCAUAUCUGGCCAAACCGCCAAAGAGCGCCUCGAUCUGAAGCAGCCUCAGUACCGAAAAACCAACCGGAUCGCCCUGUUCGAGAGCAAGACCUUCGGGCAGGCUAGGUAUGUCGACAAGUCGAUGAUGAAUGUCGGAUAUCAAGAGAGCGACAACUUCAUUCGGCCGGACCGCAACCUAAUCAAGGCGACGGAUGCGAACAUGGAAGAGGAGGCGGACCAAUCCGGCGCCGCAAGGCCCGACGGUGAUGCUGUCCAGCAUUCGGCAGGCGCCGUGGGCCGUGUCGAGUACGAUAUGGACGAGCAAGAUGACAUGUGGCUCGAGAAGCUGAACGGCCAGCGCAAGUCCACCGAACUCGACCCCAUAACCCGCGAGGUCUUUGAGAUUACGAUAACGAAGAUCGAGAAAGAGUGGCAUGCGCUCGAGAAGAGGAUACCGAAGCCAAACCCCAAGCCGCCGCAAACCCAUAGACCCCGAUCGAGCUCGGCAGCGGCGGUUAACGGCGAGCCACAGGCCGGCGAGGAGCAGGAUAGCAAAUGCGCCAUUUGCGACGACGGCGAUUGCGAGAACACGAAUGCGAUCGUGUUCUGCGACGGCUGCGACCUUGCUGUCCACCAGGAGUGCUAUGGCGUUCCCUUUAUCCCCGAGGGACAGUGGUUGUGUCGAAAAUGCCAGCUUAUUGGGCGUGGCAUUCCCACCUGCAUUUUCUGUCCCAAUACCGACGGCGCUUUCAAGCAGACCAACUCGUCAAAAUGGGCACAUCUACUGUGCGCCAUGUGGAUUCCCGAGGUAUCUCUCGGGAAUCACACCUUCAUGGAGCCCGUCAUGGAGGUUGAGAAAGUGCCCAAAACGCGGUGGAGAUUGACAUGCUACAUCUGCAGCCAGCGGAUGGGAGCCUGUAUCCAGUGCUCUAACAAAAGCUGCUACCAGGCCUUCCAUGUAACCUGUGCCCGCCGGUGCCGGCUCUUUCUUAAGAUGAAGAACAGCCAGGGGGCUCUUGCCGUGCUCGAUGGCACCCUCCCGCUGAAGGCCUUUUGCGACAAGCACUGCCCGCCCGAUUAUGCCGAGGAAAACGGCGUGGCCCAGGCGACCAAGGAAGCCAAGCGCUUCUACAAGCGCACCAUGAAGGGCCGCCUUUGGGCGGAUAGUCAAGCCUCCGCCUUACAACUUGCCGCAACGCACCGCAACGCUGUGACAGAGCGUCCGCCCGACGAAUCCCAAAUCACUGGCGCAAAGGUCUCGGCCGUACUCGCCGAUAAGAAAAAGGGCCAACCACCCAAGAACAUCUGGAAAUUACCGUCCGGCGCGCCCAUCAUCCCGCAAGCGGUUUUCGACCUGGUUGAGAGCGCACUCGCAAGGUUUCCGAUCCGCAAGCGCAAGGACUUUGUGAGCGAGGCCUGCAAAUACUGGACGCUCAAGCGCGAGGCACGCCGCGGCGCCGCCCUGCUCAAGCGACUGCAGCUGCAAAUGGAGACAUUUUCAUCCAUGGAACUGACACGCCGCAACUUUGCGGCCAUGGGCCCCUCCGGCAAAGCACGGCUUGACAGGAGAGUCGAGUUCUGCCGAAACCUGGUCGACGAGCUCGGCCAGCUCAAGGAUUUGUGCCACUUAAUCGAGGAGCGCGAGAGACUGAAACUCGAAGCGGCUGAGCUCGAAAUGGAGAUGAUCAACACCUGUUACUUCCCGAUCUACAACCAGCUGCAGCCAAUCCUCGAAAAGGCAUUCUUCCUUGACAAAAAUGUUUUCAAGCAAGGCUUGCAGGAACUCCAGGACAAGAUGGACCGGCGCUACUACGUGACAACCCUGCCAUUCACGCAAGAUCUUUGCCAGGCUAUUAGUGCCGGCAUCGAACACCCCCCGCCCUCGUCGGUUCCGGACUCAGAGCCGGUCGAGGCCUCACCAUCCAAACAUAACAAUUACACAGAGGUCGGCGCCCGGAGGCGCUUGGGCAAGCGGAUGCUCAAAUUACUGCAACCGUACCUCGAGGCAGCCCUGAAGGCUGAAGCCGAAAUCCUCGACCAGUCAUAUGACGUGCUCCAAAAGGAGCUCGAAGGUAUGCUAGAGACGGGCGUCCAGGUGCGGCGACUACCAAUCACUAGCAUCACGGUGUCCAGCGAUGAGGACACGGCAGCCGGUCAAAGCCAAGAUGUGGACAUGGCCGACGCCCCGGUCGAGGGCCAGAUCAUAGUCGCCGACCACAGCGAAGGCGAGGCUGACGCCGAAGGCGAGCCCGACGACCUCAUGGAUGGCGCCGAACCUCAGGAAGAUAACAUCGAGGUGGGCGGCUACCAUGAGCACGACGAGCACGACGGGCACACUCUAAAACCCAACGGCCUCCUCUCCGCCGCUCACUCGGUCGCCGGUGAGCCCCAUAAAGAAUCCACCCCCCAUCUCACCAACGGCUUCACCACCAAACCGUCCCACUCCCCACCCUCCUUACCAGACGCCGGCUACUCCCACCACCUCCCCGGGACAACGACAACCAACUCCCACCCGCUCACACCGCCACGGUCCAACACCGGUUCCGCCGCCUCCUUCGGCCAAACCCUCACCGUAACAAAUACCACAACAACAACCUCCACCUCUACCAAACCUCACCCCGGCGCAGCCACAAACGGAACCUCCUCGUCCCAUACCCACCCCAAUAAUAAUAACAACUUCCUCACGCAGGGCGGCAUCCCCUGGUACCUCGACGGGUUCGAGCUGCGCGGCACCAGCGCCGCCCAGGCGCAGUGGACGCCCGGCCGCGACGCCCUGCGCGGCCUGAGCGAGGAGCUGACCGACAUGGACGAGGAGGCCCUGCGGGAUCUGGAGUUUGAUGUUGAUGACGAGAUGACGAUUACUAUUGCGGGGGAUGGGGAGGAGGAGACGACAGCUCUGGGUGGGGAUUUGAAGGAGCUGGGGCAGAAUGGUGGUGGUGCGGGGUUGGUUAAUGGUGAGGUUAAUGGGGUCGAGAGGGCUGCGGCGGUUACUGCGGGCGUGGGUGCCGCUGCUGCUGCUGCUGCUGCUGCUGUGGGUGUGAGUGCGAGGAAGGCGGUGGGGAUGGGUGCUGUUGCGGCGGCGGCGAGCGGGAGUCCUAGGAAGCGGACUAGGAGUGAGGUUGCGGCUGCGGCUGUGGCUGGGGGGAGGUUGCUGCGGAAGGGGGUGAGGAGCUCGGCGAGGAAGAAGUGAGUCGUGGGCUUCUUGCUGGGUGGGGUAUGCGCGGUGUAUGAGUAUUGUUGGUGGUUCUUUUUUUUCCCCUCCCUUUCCCCCUUAGCAUAAUGGCGGGGGGCGGGCGGGCGAGUUCUUCUUACGUUGCUUUUCUCUUCCUCUUUCCGCGGGGGGUACCGUUUACGGCGGGGGCGGGUUUGUUGUUCUUCUUCUUUACCGCGCCCGUGUUGAGGCUCGUGGUUUUUGAGUUGAGUUGACCCCGGGUGGGGUUGAUAUCCCUUUCACCUUCAC